AUGGCAAAGGUUCUUGAAGGAUAAUCAUAUAGAUCUAAUGAAGGUGACUAAAACGACAUCACUUUCAAAAGUUUUUUUAGAUCUUCGUUAGAUAGAGUUCAAAUUUUAGGGAUGAUAAAUAACAGAGUUAAACCUUAUUUUGACACUUUCCUCCUUAUCUUUAGAUUUAUUUGCUGCAAGUCAGACUUCUCUAAAUACUAAAUUAACCUUUUUGAUAAAGGAGUUAAAAAACUAGAGAAGGAAAUAGAUAUCAAUCCUAAAUUCUUUAAGAAAGCUGAUAUGUCUAUAAGUUCUGCGGUUGAAAGACUAUUAAAUGGUCAAUAGUUAAAGUAUAAUAAGAGAAUUUUAUGUGAAAUAAUUGGAAAAGAAAUGACUCUAUAAUAUAAUUUAUACCCUAGAAGGAAUAGCGUUUACUAAGAGAAUAAUGGUGGUGGUCGAAUAAUUGUAACUAACAAUGCUGAUUUAGAAAGAUCUAAAUCUUUUAUUGAUAAAAAUGCUCUAAGUGUUGAGACUAUGACAAAAAAGACAUCAAGCAAUAGAGAACUUAUAUCACCUCCAUAUUAUUUACAAGAGACCACUCCAAGAACAUAACCUAUUCGAAAGAAAACAGGAGCAUUAAAAAGAAUGUCAACUCAUAAAUUUGAAUGCACCCCUGUAAGAUAAUUUGACUUAAAUACCAAUGAACUAAGCAAUAUUUAAGAGAAAUUCUCAGAUGAAAAUGAUUCCAGAAUAAAAUCUCAGAAAAAGAAAAGCUAAAUUAUUGUAUCCAAUUUUAGCCUUUUAAAAACAAGCAAUAAGAAAAAGAAAAGCAAUAUUAUUUUUAACAAAUGA